UCCUCAAUUAGUUAAUAGGAAAGUCAAAUUUAAAGACACUGAAACUAUGAUUAAUUGACUUGGACUUAGUCAAUUCAAAUCACACAUCCUUCUGAAAUCCUUAAGGAAAAGUGGAAUUCAAUUUGAGGCAAAUCUUGAAAAAAAACUUUACCAAAAAAGUAAACUCCUAUCUGAAUUUUAUGAUGUGAAGACAAUUUUUGCAGAAGAAAAAAAAAAAAGUCAACCGAUGUGUCAAGAGACUUUGUUUAUGUUUUUCAGUUAACAGAGCUGCUUAACUUUGUAAUGACUUACAGAAACCCUUACCAAACAUUAAUACGAAUUGGAAUUGAUUCAGGAGGUGGAUCACUUAAGGUAAUUUGUAACCUCUUUGAUCCAGAAAAAAAAAGAUGCGAAGAUCGAAGUUCUCACGGAACAUACUCUGGAAUUAACCAUUCCAUAGUUCUUGCAUAUUGUGACAACUUGCAGGAGACACACAAAAAUUUAGCCAUUUUAUUAGAUCUUCUAAAGCUAGAAGAUUGUAAAUAUGUUCUUGCAGCUGAUUUGAAAAUAAUUAAUAUUCUUCUAGGAAUUUCAUCUCAUGGUGGUAUGUAUGCUUGUGCUUGGUGUGAAGGAGAAUGUGAACUUUUUGGUGGGUUGACAAGAACAUUUUUAUCAUUGGAAAAUUUAAAAAUUUAA